AUGGAAGAUGCCCGUGAUUUCGUUCCGGAAUGGGGCCAGCUCCCCGUCGAGCAAUAUCUUAUUAGAUAUUGGGACCACUCUUCGCCACAAAGCCCGGAGCAGCAGCGCAGUACACUGAUCCAACAAUUCCUGCAACUCGACACGAUUCAACCAGAAUGGGACACAACACUAUUCACCGCUGACAGCUGGAAAAAGCCUUCCCGCAUCCCGACCCCAGACGAGAUUACAAAUAUCCUGCAGCCCUGGCGUUCUGAUGAGCUGCGCCGUAUAGCGUGGCGUAUCUGGGGGUGUAAUAAUGUGCAGCCACUUUUAUUGCGUACUCACUAUGACCCCAAGUAUAAUGAAUCAGUGGAGGAAUGGCGAGAUAUAGAUGAAUAUGAAAUGGAAUCAUGGUGGUCUAUCCUUGAUAACCAGAAUAUAUUUAACUUCGGCGCGGACUGGAAACGCAUCUUCACCAUUUUCCCGGAGGCCGCAGGCUACUUGGGAGAGUAUCCGCGGUGGCCAGACAUGAAACUCAUAAAGAAAUUCCAGGCUCUGUUCAAGCAAUCCCUAGACGGCGCCAAGCGGCGGAAGAAACAGACGUGGAGGCAAGAUCUCAAUACCUCGCUCAUCCAAGCAAACCCUAGUGCAUGGAACCUGUUGCAGCUCAUUUCGAUUGGGUAUAUCCUGAUUGCAGACGAGGAGGCCUUUCAUACCAAUCACUUCCUUCUUGUUUAUUUUGAUGGGAACCAGAACGUGGUCGCGCAAGGCCGAGUACCCAUUACUGAUGAAGGGGUGAAACAGGUUUUACUUGACUGGGACCAGCGGGAGCCUCCGUACUCAAUUUUUGAGGAGGGGAAUAUUGGGGAGAAGUAUCUUGUGGAUGGUGAGAUAGGCAGUUGGUUGUACGAGUUCACCAAGAAGGAUCUGGAAGAUGACCCGCCUGCGCCAGCGGAAGAUGAAUAA